UUCGCUCGGUAGUGACUUUUGCCACAAGAUGAACCAGUUAAUCCUGUCAUUUGUACAGCGAAGAGAUCAAUAUUUCUUCUACGAAAAUUGUGCAGAAACUAAUAUGGAUCAUCCAUUCUGGCAACAAAGUGUUGUUUACCAAAGUGCCAAGCCAGUUGAAUCCAUCUCAUCGUCGAUAGUACCUCUACAUUAUUACAACUUGCAAAACUCAGAAAAUUGGCCCAACACUUCAUUCACACGCCAAUCAUCUCAAAAUGUGGACAAGGAAGCCUUGGAUGACUUUAGAAAUGAGAUGGCUCAAAUCCACGAAGAGAUCGGCGAACUGAAACUAAUGGUUGAGAACUGCAUGGAGUGGCAGGACAAGCUUCGGCAAUCGAUCAAACAGGACAUUUUGGAUGCAAUCAAUCAGUCAGUGAAUACCUCCCGUAAUUUCAAAGAUGCCAAAUCUGGAAGAAGAGAAACAUGCAGAGUAUGUUGCCAAAUGCAAGUUGACUGUUUGCUUUACAGGUGUGGGCAUAUGUGUACUUGUUUCAAUUGUGCCCAUCAGCUGCAAUGGAGCAGUGCCAAAUGCCCAAUCUGUCAAUCCUCAAUCAUCGAUGUCGUCCGGAUGAUUCCCAAUUCAUGAACAACAAAGACGACUGCAACAACAAUGACUUGAAAUCGAUAUCUAACUAAAACCACUGAGAUUUUGGUUGUGUUCUUCUGUCUUCACUGCUGAUAGGUUAACCAAGUGCGAAACAAUCACAAGAAAGAUUGAUUGUUGCGGCCAUUCGAGAUCAAUAAUGUAAAUGUCAUCCUUCCAUUUAACUUCAUAUACUGGAGACUGUAUCUACAUAUUAUAUUGGAUAUGUUCUGGAACAAAAAAACAGUUCCAAUAGUGGACAAAAUGUAAGGUUUAUUGUUGAAUACUAUCAAAUAUGUAAUC